AUGGGCAUUAAGGAGGGUCUCUCCGAACUUUGGGAUGACUUGAUGUCUUAUCGGACACUUAAGGUGGUCAAAAUAAGCGAUAGGCGCCUGGCCUAUGUUCACAAGACGCUCAUGGUGACGAUUCUUGUGUACGCUCUCGUUUCAGUCAUCGGGGCCCACACGUACAUGCUCAAGGAAAAGCCACGAGCAUACAUGUCUACCAUAUUCAAUGAUACAGUGAGAGAUUUGAAUCUCGCUGAUAGUGCAAUGCUCAAUCAAAUUUAUUGCAACGCGUCAUAUUCGGACUUCGCUGGAGACUCACUUGUACCGGAAGGUUCAUAUUUAAAUAACAGUUGCGUCACUCAUAUACCGACAGCACAAAUGGUUGAAACUGAUGAGGUGGCUACGUUCAUCGCGACGCAUUUGAAGUCGAGAAUGUUUACAAGAUCGUGUGCAGAUGCUUUGACCCAGGUCGGUUGCAGCAUAUCAUAUCAAACAGAUGUUAAUCAGUUCCCACUUGAUCCAGACAACUUAAUCCUGCAAAUCCGGCCGCGUUUUGUUACGAGUUGGGGGUAUAACGGCUAUCCCGAAUCGGUUGCUGUAUUUGAUCACACGUCGACAGCAUUUCGAACAUUUUACUCUAACGAUGCGAAUAACUCGGCGAAAUUCCCGAUUAUGUACCUUCAUGAGAUCCUGCGAUUAGCUGGUAUCGAGCUGGACGAAAGAAACGAGAUUGAAGUUUCGUCCGCUUUCGCCACGAAUUUUCCCAUUUAUCGGCUGACGGGCGUGCGAUUGAGUGUUGACUUGACUUUUAGUAACUUUCGUCCGAUGUCGCACUUCAAACCGUUCGAUUUCAGUGCUGAAGCAGAUAUGAAUAUUCAACUGAGCAGUGAGGGAAGCUUUGUCACAAGCGUAGACAUGGUGCAUUUCUCCGGACCAGCAUCAGAUAUCUCUGCAAGUGGAACUGUGAUGCAGUACAGAGGAGUGCAAUUGGAGUAUGGUGCAAAGGGUCUGAUGGGCAAAGCUGACUUCUACACAGCAAUGAUGGCAAUAAUGAGCUGCUUCAUUAUGGUCUCUGUCGCGACAACGGUUGUUGAUAUUAUCGGUGCUUUUAUCUACGAUUCUUUCAAAGACGAUAAAAUAGAAGAUGACGGUGAGCGACAGCAUUUAGAGCACAUGAUUCUAAACUUGGAGACCGUUGGCGUGCCUUUCGGACACGACGACUUACAAAUUCUACCAAAUGUAUCCAUGAAGGAGUUCCUUCAGUUGCUUCAACGUGACAUCGUCAAAUUGAACGCUCUGGCGCACCACAUGAGUCGUGAUUUGGCAGCAGCAGGAGUAAAUCAGCACACGGUAUCAAUCCAACAACCAACCAAGCAUGCAAGUAUGCCGAAGUAUAAAUGUAAACUUGUCGCACCCGAUAGAACAGACGUUUACCUCACCGGUGGGCCUCAAACAAUUGGACGUGGGCACGGUGGUUGUGAAUCAAAGCGCAUUUCACAUAAGCAGCUAAGUAUUAUAGCGAAUAUUCAAACCGGCGUGGCUUUGGUGAAAGGUCUGCACACGAAGAAUGUGUCUGGUGUCGCUUUAGCCGGUGGUGCAUGGCAGACGCUCGGCGCAAAUGAUGAAGUUGAGCUGGAGGCAGGUGAUAUGAUAGCAUUAAUAUUAGACCAGAACGAAGAGGAGACAAGCGCAGAGGGUGUUUUCAUUUACGCUGUCGAGAAAUUCGAGGAAAUAACGAGUAAGAGCUGGUUUAGUCUUUGA